AUGUUUUUCCCCCUCUUUGGUGAUGUAGAUAGUGAAGGAAGACUAUGGAUAGAAAAAAAUGACACAUCUGUGACCUAUUUCAUCCUGAUUGGGCUCUCAGAGUACCCCAGAGCCCAAGCUGUGUUCUUCUGCCUGCUCCUGAUAUCCUAUCUCAUCACUUUGCUGGGAAACAGCCUCAUUCUCUUCUUGAUUUAUUGUGAUUCCCACCUCCACACUCCUAUGUAUUUCUUCAUCAGCAACCUAUCCUUCUUGGACAUCUGUUAUACUUCAUCUAGUCUCCCUCAAGUACUAAUCAAUUGCUUAGUCAGGAUCCCUGCCAUCUCCCUGAGCCAGUGCUUGGCCCAGAUGUGUGCUGGCCUCUACUUGGGGGUUGUGGAAUGUCUCCUUCUAGCUGUCAUGGCCUAUGACCGUUGCAUCGCCAUUGGUGACCCACUACGCUACCCAGUGAGAAUGAGUCCCCAGCUCUGUGUCCAGCUUGCAGUCGUAUCCUGGGUCUCAUCUUUUUUGUUCACCGUCAUCCCAACAUUGACCACCCCAUUAGAGUUCUGUGGCCACAACCUCAUCAAUCACUUCUCCUGUGAGCUUUUGGCUGUCAUUAAGCUUGCUUGCAAUGAUCUGCAUUUGAAUGAAUUGUUUAUGAUGGCUAGCAGUUCCCUGACUCUUUUAGCACCCUUUGCCUUCAUCCUUGCCUCCUAUGGCCGUAUCCUGAGAGCUGCGCUGAAAAUGCGCUCCGCUGAGGGUCGAAAAAAGGCUUUCUCUACCUGCAGCUCCCAUCUGACUGUGGUGAUUGUCUUCUAUGGUACUGCCAUCUCCAUGUACAUGAUGCCACAGGACAAAGCCAGCCGAGAUUGGGAUAAGAUCAUUUCUAUAUUGUAUGGUGUCCUUCCACCCAUGCUCAACCCCCUCAUCUACAGCCUCAGAAACAAGGAUGUCAAAGGAGCCUUGAGGAAACUAAUGGGGGAGAAAAGUGACUCUUAA